AUGGACCGACCCAAGGAAGAUCAAACCAAGUACGCUGGUGUUGCCGGUGGUCUAACGGGCUGCACAACGCGGACAAUGUGUCAACCGUUCGAUGUAAUCAAAAUACGCCUGCAGCUUCAGGUGGAACCCAUUCAUUCCCAAUCACAAACAUCCAAGUAUCGUACCAUUGCGCAAACAAUCGGUACCGUUUACCGCGAAGAAGGCAUUCUUGCCUUCUGGAAGGGUCACAAUACGGCACAGGUCCUCUCGCUGGCACAAGGAGUGGCCCAGUUUACAUUCUACGAGCGAUUCAACGGCAUUCUCAGGGAGUUGACCGCCUUCGAAGGUCACGAUCGCACAAGAAAUUUUGUCUGCGGAGCCUGCAGUGGAUCGUUUGCCGCAUUUACGAUAAUGCCGUUGGACGUGAUCAAAACUCGUCUGGUAUCGCAGGAUCCAGCUGGAGGCUAUAGAAAUGCUUUCCAUGCGGUCCGCAGUAUCUACCAACACGAAGGCAUUCGAGGUAUGUAUCGAGGAUUAACUCCGGCCAUAAUUCAGAUGGCACCCCUCACCGGUGGACAGUUUAUGUUCUAUAACCUGUUUGGAAAUGCGAUGAAACGGAUCGAGGAGUUGCCACAGGACGCCCUGCUAGCACCGGCGGAAUUGAUCAUAUGCGGUGCACUGUCCGGAUUAUGUACGAAGUUACUAGUUUAUCCACUGGAUCUGGUCAAGCGACGACUGCAAAUCCAAGGCUUUUCGAAGGGCCGACAAACGUACGGGAAGCAUUUUAUUUGUAGGCACAUGUUUCAAUGUAUUUACAGAGUUGUGCAUACAGAAGGCUUCCGAGGGCUUUAUAAAGGGUUGAGCUCUUCGUUACUGAAGGCCAGUAUAACGUCGGCGAUAUUUUUUACUAUUUAUGAUAAGCUGUUAUAUUUGCUGAAUAAUAAAUUUUGA